AAUGCAACUUGAAAAUAAAGCUACAAUAUUUGAAGGAAUUAUCCGCAAGGGUAAACAGUAUUAAAUCAACACUAGCAACAGCAAAGGGAAAAAAAAACACAGACGAAGAGAGAAAAAAUGGAGCAGGUUGAGAAAUCACCAAUUUCCAAGAGAGAAGAUACUGAAAUGGGCGAGAGCGACGUUGAUGAAAACCCUAAAAGCAUCGGAAAAUCCAGUAGCGAUUCGGAGUCAAGCGAUUCAGAAGACGAAGCUGAGCAGAAUGGGCAGCUUCUAACCCUAGAGUCUGAGCUCUCCACCAAUCCCUCCAACUACGACGCUCAUGUCCAGUACAUAAAACUGUUGAGGAGAAGGGGUGAAAUAGAGAAGCUACGAGAAGCAAGGGAAAAUAUGAAUGCCUUGUUUCCAUUGAGUCCCUCAAUGUGGGUGGAAUGGGCCAAAGACGAAGCUUCUCUUUCGAAUGAUUCUGAUUCCGAGGCAGUCGAGAAGCUUUACGAGAGAGGCAUCUCUGAGUAUCUGUCAAUCCCCCUUUGGUCUGAAUACCUAAAUUAUGUGCAAGAACAUGACCCACAAGUUCGAGAAUGUUCAGCUGAUGGGAUUUCAAAGGCAAGAAAUCUGUUUGAACGUGCUGUUACCGCUGCUGCUUUGCACAUUGCUCAAGGCUCUCAAAUAUGGGAUGCAUACACCCAAUUUGAACAAGCUAUUUUACUAACUAUUGACCAAUCCGACAUUCAGGUGAAAGAGAAACAGGUCCAGCGAAUACGAAGUAUAUUCCAUCGUUGCUUGUCUAUUCCCUUUGCUAACUUGAAGUCUACUCUUCUAGCCUACAAGGCAUGGGAGGUGGAGCAAGGAAAUGCUCUUUGUGCUGAAUCUGACGAUGUGGAUGGGAUUGAGCCCCAUGUUGCUUCAGCUUACCAAAAGGCAGAAAAGAUGUACAAUGCACGGGCUCAUCUUGAAGAACAGAUUACCAGAGAGGAUAUAUCUGAGUCUGAAAGAUUUCAAAAUUACAUGAGCUACCUAGAAUUUGAAAAAUCCUUUGGUGAUCCAGCCCGAGUCCAAAUUCUGUAUGAACGCGCCAUAACUGACUUUCCUGUAUCAAGUGAUCUCUGGCUUGAUUAUACUCGCUAUCUUGAUAAAACCUUGAAGGCUGGAAACGCUGUGAAGGAUGUUUAUUCCAGGGCAGCAAGAAACUGUCCUUGGGUUGGAGAACUUUGGGUUCGAUAUUUGUUAUGUUUGGAGAGUGGCCAUGCUUCUGAGAAAGAGAUAUCUGCUGUCUUUGAGAAGUCCCUGCAAUGCACAUUUUCAACCCUUGAGGAGUACCAUGAUUUGUUCCUCACCCGAGUAGAUGGCUUGAGGCGUAGAAUGUCAUUAGCUAAAGGAGACGAUGUGUUGAACUAUUCAUUGAUUAGGGAAUGUUUUCAGCAAGCAGCAGAUUACUUGUCACCACACAUGAAGAACAAUGAUGGUUUAUUGCGUUUGUAUGCUUAUUGGGCCCGCUUAGAGCUGAAAUUGGGCAACGAUUUAAUUGCAGCUCGUGGUGUUUGGGAGAGCUUGCUUAAAACAUGUGGUUCAAUGUUGGAAGCAUGGAAAGGUUAUAUAGCAAUGGAAAUUGAAUUAGGUCAUAUAAAUGAAGUUAGGGCCAUAUAUAAGAGAUGCUACAGCAAAAGAUUUAGUGGAACAGGUUCAGAGGACAUUUGCCAGGCUUGGUUGCGCUUUGAGAGGGAAUUUGGAACACUUGAAGACCUUAACUAUGCUGUGGAAAAGGUUACUCCUCGUCUUGAGGAGCUACAAUUGUUUAGGUUACAGCAGGAAUCUAAAUCUUUCAGUGAAGCAACUUAUCAAAGAGAGCAGAACCUUAAGAAAACAGUGCGUGAAAAGAGGAAAUCAGGUUUGAGCACAAUUGAUGAACAGUCUCCAGCUAAGCGGCAGAAAAAUACUUCUCAAAGUCCGAAAAAUUUGCAUGAGGAAAAGGACACACAAAGGCAGAACUUAGCUGAAGCAAAUGUCAGGAAAGAGCAAAAAGGCAAGGUUGAGAAACAAGUAAAUGAGCUGCUGAUGAAAGACACUAAUCCUAGUAAAACCAGAUUAUAUACUGAUCAGUGCACUGCAUUCUUAUCAAAUCUUAGCUUUAAGGCAAAAGAUGAAGAUCUACAUCGAUUCUUUAGUGAUGUUGGUGGGGUCACUUCAAUUCGAAUUCUGUAUAACAAGUUCACUGGACAAUCAAGGGGACUGGCAUAUGUGGAUUUUGAGGAUGAUGAACACCUUGCUGCAGCUGUAGCGAAGAAUAAGCAAAUGUUGCUUGGAAAGAGCUUGAGCAUUGCACGGUCAAAUCCAAAGCAAGGCAGGAAAGGAUCUAUUGCUCUUACUGCACCUGAUGGACAUGAUUUUAAUGACUUGGAGUGCACAAAUAGGUUGUCCAUUAUGUUAAGUAAACUAGUAGAAGAAGAUGCUAGCAAUCGAAGUGGAAUUGAUGAGAGUUCUGAAUCUAAAGAAUCUGUUGAAAUCUCAAAGGGAUCUGCUCACAAGCGUGUUGAGAACAUCCAGCUCAAGGGGAAGAACACAUUUGCAGUGCCAAGAAAUGUUAGACCACUCGGAUGGACUACUAACAAACCGAGAACGACGGAAGAGGGAGAUGACAAGCCAAAAUCUAAUGACGAGUUCAGAAAAAUGUUUAUGAAAACCUGAGGUUCUUUCUUUGUUUCCUGAGUUACUGAUUCCAAACAUGCUCAGAGUGUUAUCCUUGUGCUAAUAUUCCUAGCAAAGUACCAAUUUUUGUGAUAAAUUAAUUGUGGAUUUUGUGACCCAUUUAGGGUUAAAUGUAUGGUCAAGGCUGCUAAGCCUUCCUUAUGGUAUAUAAAAUUGCUAGAAUUUAUUUGGUUCUC